GCCGCGAGUUGCGCAGGGCGGGGUGGGCGCGUCCGCCCGGCCGCCAACAGGGGCACGCCUCCCCUCCCCCAGGGCAGGCCGGCAGCGGACAGUCCCCGGCGCGGCGGGCGCGCCCCCACGGCCGGGAAUGCACGGUUAAUAUGCCGCCUGCGCUCGGGCCCGGUGCUCAUCCCCCGGCCGUCGUGGCCCCCGGGCGCUGCGCCAGCCCGAGCCCGGCCGCGGCCGGCCAACCAUUGGCAGGAGCCACAUAGGCCCCCGGCAUGCCCCGGCGCUCUGCGGCCACAGGGGCGACCCCCGAGGCGGGCGCCGGAGGUACGAGCGGCGCGUUCUCACGGCCUCGCGCGAUGGUCGCCAUCGGCGGAAUGCGGCCGUUCUGGAGUGAACCAGUACACGUGAUGUCCCGUUCGAAGGCCGACACCCGGAACAUGUCGCAGGGGGUGCGCGCCCCCCGGGGAGAGACAUGCAUGCCGCCGGUGCGGCGGGACGCCGUGCGGUCUG